AUGGCCAGUAAUCUAACAAAACAUCUAAGGAUCCACGUGAAGGUGUUUUCUCAUCACCCCUCGAUCGAGCACCAAUCCAUCAGUUCGACCUCCUCCGAUGAACUGUCCACGCGUGCCCCAAUGAACAAGACAAAAACCCACCGCUGCUCCACGUGCGGAAAAACCUUUUCUCGAGCCCAGAAUCUCGCGAGACACAAGCUCACCCACACGGGGUUGCUUCCAUAUCGCUGCUGCGUUUGCCAACGAGCUUUCGCCGACCCCAGCAAUCUUGCAGUGCACAUGCGCACCCACACGGGUGAGCGGCCCUACGGUUGUUCCAUAUGCCCCAAGUCCUUCGGCGCAUCGGGCAAUCUCACGACACACAUGCGUAGCCACACGAGUGAUCGUCCGUACAGUUGCUCGGUGUGUUGGGCCGGUUUCACCACCUUCGGCAAUCUCGGAGCGCACGAGCGCACUCACGUGGGCAUGAUUCAUGGUCACUGUCUCGUGUGCCAACGAGCUUUUGCCACGACUGGGGGUCUUUCGAGGCACAUGGUCAUCCACAGGGACGAGAAGCCCCACAAAUACCUGGGAGGAUCCACUUUGCAUCACGGCAAACUUACCCAACAGGUGAUACUCUCCCUGGCGGGUCUCCUGACGCUGGCGUCCAGCCGAAGACUGGGGGCAGUGAAGCACCGGCGGGAGUCCAAGUGGGACAUCAUCCACCACGAGUACCACGGCCCACCAGCCCCGCUGUCGAAGGACGGCCGAGUGGUGGACACGCAGGAGGUGGCCGAGGCGAAGGCCAACCACCUGUCCAUCCACGCGGAGACCGUCUCAGAGCUCGCCCGCCUCAUGGCGGAGGCCAACGCUCUCGACGCCCAGUUCGGCAAGAAGGACCAAGAGGAGCAGCCCAAGGCCCAGGAGGAGGCGCAGCAGUCCAAGGCGCAAGCGGAGGAGCCAGUGGGGACGGGUGGCGAGGCGGCCCAGCCCGAGGCGCCCAUAGUCGCUGCCCCCGUUGAGAUGACGCCGGAGCUGAUGGCGAUGCUGACCGCGGCGGCGGCAGCCGAGGAGCAGGCCCAGCAGCAGCAGGCGGAGGAGGCCCCAGCCUCGGAGGCCGCCCCGGUGGUGGAAGCGGCGCCCGAGGCUGCCCCGGUGGCCGAGGUUGAAGCUCCGAGUGUCCAGGAGGCGCCCGCUGCUCAGGAGCAGCCAGCCGGGGAGGCCGUGGUGGGGGAGAAGCCGGUGGCUGAGGAGCCGGCCAAGCCCGCGGAAGAGAAGCCUGUCGUUGAGGCCGAGGCGGACAACGAGGUGGACGCCGAGAGGCCGAUCACGGUGCCCCAGAGGAACUACGAGGGGCCGCUCGCGCCGCUCAGCGAGGACGGACGCGUCGUGGACACGAUUGAGGUGCGCAAGGCAAAAGAGGCUCACCUGAUCGCGUACGAGCAGGCAGUGAAGUUGGCCAAGAUGAGCAAGGACGAGUCCGAGAGCUCGGAGUCAUCACCAGCGUGGUACGAGCAACGCAAAAAGAUCUUCGUGCCGCCCGUGUACCUCCUUUACCACCACGACGGACCGAUCGGCUACAACGGCCCAAAAGCUCCCCUGGGCGAGGACGGCCGCGUCAAGGACACCCAGGAGGUCGAGCGCGCCAAAAGCGAGCACAGGAGGGCCUACGAGCACGCCGAGUCGGUGGCCAAACGCCAUCCGCCCAAGCCCGAGGACAACACCGUCUGA